AUGGAAUACAAUGAAGAUCCAAACGAAAUUAAAUUUGAUGAAAAUAAGUUCCAAUAUGUCAUGACUAUAGGUGAAAAAUACUCGUAUUUACAUUGCCCUAGCAUUGAAGACAAAAGGCAUAAAGAAAAAUGCAUGAUUUUCUCAGUUUUAAGUAAGAAUUUCGGGGAAGAAGUGACUAAACUGCAAAAUAAACUGCGACAAUGCUAUGCUAUGCAUGAAGAAAGAAAUUAUUACUCUUUUAGGCCUCAAGACUUUGACCAGUGUGUCUAUAAAGUUGAACAAGAAAAUGUGGUGUUUUUGGAGCAAUAUUAUGAAGCCUUUUUCAAUACAGAAAAUCUAAUCUAG